AUGGCGGCCUACUCUAAUGGAAGUGAAUACUUCGAGAUCGAAUUAGAAGCCAGAAACGACUCAUUUGUUCGGCCUUCGAACGAUGAAUCGCUUGCCAAAGACGAGGAGGAACUUAUCUGGGCCGCGAUCGCGAGAUUGCCAUCUCGGAAAAGAACGAAUGUCGCCAUCUUAAAGCGGUCUGCUUCCGAAUCUGAUAAAGGAGAACGGGCGCAGACGAUCGACGUCAGAAAACUCGAUCGUCUCGGUCGUCAACUCGUCCUCCACAGGGCUUUUGCGACAGAAGAGCAAGAUAAUUACAAGCUCUUGUCGGCCGUUAAAGAACGUCUCGAUAGGGUAGGAUUGGAGGUCCCUAAAGUCGAAGUGAGGUUCGAGAAUCUGCACAUUUCGGCCGACGUGAAAACCGGAACAAGGGCGUUGCCUACUCUGCUGAAUUACUCACGUGACGCAUUCGAGAAAGUUCUUACUAGUUUGAGGAUAUCCCGUCCCAAAAGACACAAACUGAACAUCCUAGAUAACGUCAGUGGUUUUGUGAAGCCAGGAAGGAUGACACUGCUUUUGGGGCCUCCUGGUUCAGGGAAAACUACAUUGCUUUUAGCUCUUGCUGGGAAACUCGAUCCCAGGUUAAAGAAAAGUGGCAGCGUUACAUAUAACGGAUAUGAACUAGAUGAAUUUUGUGUGCAAAGAACUGCUGCGUACAUUAGCCAAACAGAUAAUCAUAUUGCAGAGCUAACUGUUCGGGAAGCUUUAGAUUUUGCUGCGAGAUGUCAAGGUGCAAGUCAAGGCUAUGCAGGAUAUUUGGAAGAUCUGGCCAGACUAGAGAAGGAAAAGGGCAUACGCCCAUGUCCAGAAAUUGAUGCAUUUAUGAAGGCAUCAUCAGUUGGUGGCAAGAAGCAUAGUCUUUCAACUGAUUACAUCUUGAAAGUCCUUGGCCUUGAUGUAUGUUCAGAAACAAUAGUUGGCAAUGACAUGAUCAGAGGCGUUUCAGGUGGUCAAAGAAAGAGAGUUACAACUGGAGAAAUGAUUGUUGGACCAAGGAAAACCUUAUUUAUGGAUGAAAUAUCUACUGGACUCGAUAGUUCUACAACGUAUCAAAUUGUAAAAUGUAUACAAAACUUUGUUCAGAAAAUGGAGGGCACUGUUCUGAUGGCCCUUCUUCAGCCUGCCCCUGAGACAUUCAGUUUGUUUGAUGACCUAAUACUUUUAUCUGAAGGACAGAUUGUUUAUCAUGGCCCUCGAGUACAAGCAUUAGAUUUCUUUCAAUCAUUAGGCUUUCAAUUGCCACCUCGUAAAGGGGUUGCUGAUUUUCUUCAAGAGGUUACCUCGAGAAAGGAUCAAGCACAGUAUUGGGCUGAUCCUUCAAAACCAUACAGAUUUCUUCCUGUUUCAAAAAUUGCAGAUGCAUUCCGAAAUUCUGAAUUUGGAAGGAGUGUGAAGGCCACCAUUUCAGUUCCAUAUGAUAAAAGUAAGAGUCUUCCUUCAGCACUUGCCUAUAGCAAGUAUGCUAUAACAAAGUGGGAACUUUUCAAAGCAUGCUUCACACGAGAACUUCUAUUGAUCAGCAGACACCGGUUCCUCUAUAUCUUUAGAACAUGCCAAGUUGCUUUUAUUGGAUUUGUCACAUGCACAAUAUUUCUAAGAACAAGAAUACAUUCUACAGAUGAGAUCAAUGGAAACCUUUAUCUUUCUUGCUUGUUUUUUGGCCUGGUGCACAUAAUGUUCAAUGGGUUUUCUGAGUUACCAAUUACAAUAUCUCGACUACCAGUUUUCUAUAAACAAAGAGAUAACUUCUUUCAUCCUGCUUGGGCAUGGUCCAUUCCUAGUUGGAUAUUGCGUGUCCCUUACUCAGUCCUUGAAGCUGCUGUGUGGUCUUGUGUUGUAUAUUUCACUGUUGGCUUUGCCCCCGGUACUGAAAGGUAAUUUUUCUUUGCCAACCUUAAGAUUAUAGUCGUUGCAUAUUAUUGAUACUUAUCAACUGUCAAAUAUUUCAGGUUUUUCCGGUUUAUGUUCGUCCUAUUUUCAGUACACCAAAUGGCAUUGGGCCUCUUCCGUAUGAUGGCGGCUGUUUCACGGGAUAUUAUCAUUGCUAAUACAUUUGGAUCUGCUUCUUUACUAGUGAUAUUCUUAUUAGGAGGAUUUAUCCUUCCAAAAGCAAGGAUCAAGCCAUGGUGGAUUUGGGCUUUCUGGUUAUCACCAUUAUCAUAUGGGCAACGUGCAAUUUCAGUUAAUGAAUUUUUGGCCUCAAGAUGGAUGAAGAAAUCUACAUAUGGAAAUUUUACAGUUGGAUAUAAUGUUCUUCAUUCACAUGCUCUACCCACUGCAAGCUACUGGUAUUGGAUUGGAGUUGGGGUUUUGUUGGCUUAUUCAGUGCUCUUCAAUAAUUUGGCAACCCUUGCUUUGACCUACCUUAACCCUCUGACAAAGGUCCAGGCUGUGAUUCCAUUGGAUGCCAGAGAAGAUAGUUUUGGUGAUGACUGUGUUAUAAGUCAGAUAUCUAAUUCAGAGUCUCCAUCUGCUCAACAUAAAACUUCAAAGAAGGGAAUGAUCCUUCCAUUUCAACCACUAGAAAUGACAUUUCAUAAUGUUAAUUACUUUGUUGACAUGCCAAAGGAAAUGGUUUCAAAAGGUAUUCCAGAAAAGAAGUUGCAACUCUUGUCAUAUGUCAGUGGAGUAUUCUCACCAGGUGUUCUUACUGCAUUAGUUGGUUCAAGUGGAGCAGGGAAGACCACAUUAAUGGAUGUGCUUGCAGGCAGGAAAACUGGUGGGUACAUUGAAGGGGAUAUUAGGAUAUCAGGAUACCCAAAAGAACAAAGUACUUUUGCGAGAAUUGCAGGAUAUGUUGAGCAAAAUGAUAUUCAUUCUCCUCAAGUUACAGUUGAGGAGUCCCUAUUGUUCUCUUCAUCUCUUCGCCUUCCAAAAGAAGUCAGCAAAGAGAAGAAACGUGAGUUUGUUGAAGAAGUGAUGUCAUUAGUAGAGCUUGAUAAUCUAAGGCAAGCUUUGGUUGGUUUGCCUGGGAGUAGUGGCUUAUCAACUGAACAAAGAAAACGCCUAACAAUAGCAGUGGAACUUGUUGCGAAUCCUUCCAUUAUUUUCAUGGACGAACCUACAUCUGGGUUAGAUGCUCGAUCAGCUGCUAUUGUGAUGCGUACUGUUCGUAAUACUGUUGAUACUGGAAGAACAGUGGUUUGCACCAUACAUCAACCAAGUAUUGAUAUAUUUGAAGCAUUUGAUGAGCUACUUUUGAUGAAACGAGGAGGUCGAGUUAUAUAUGGAGGGAAGCUUGGUGAACACUCACAAAUUAUGAUUGAUUACUUUCAGGGAAUUCAUGGUGUCCCUCCCAUUCCUGAUGGUUAUAAUCCAGCAACCUGGAUGCUUGAGAUCACUACAACAGCUUCUGAGCUACGAAUUGGUGUAGACUUUGCAGAUAUAUACAAACACUCUGAUCAACACAGGGAAGUGGAAGAUUUGAUUAAGCGUUUGAGUAUUCCACCCACUGGUUCUGAGCCUUUGAAGUUUGAUUCCAAAUAUUCACAAGAUAUCACAAGUCAAUUUCGGAUUUGUCUUUGGAAACAAAUGCUUGUAUAUUGGAGAAGUCCCCGAUACAAUGCUGUGCGUUUAUUCUUUACUACAUUGUGUGCAUUGAUAUUUGGUUCAAUAUUUUGGAACAUUGGUUCAAGAAGGGACACAAUAGAGGACUUAUUUGUCAUUAUGGCAGCUCUUUAUGCCUCCUGCUUGUUUCUUGGAGUCAAUAAUGCUUCUUCAGUACAACCAAUAGUUUCUAUUGAGAGAACUGUUUUUUAUAGAGAAAAGGCAGCUGGAAUGUAUUCUCCAUUACCUUAUGCAGCAGCACAGGGUCUUGUGGAAGUACCUUACAUUGCCUUACAGACAAUAUUAUUUGGUGUGAUAACAUACUACAUGAUAAAUUUUGAAAAGACAGUAGGGAAAUUUCUGCUCUACAUUCUAUUCAUGUUCCUCACAUUUACCUAUUUUACAUAUUAUGGAAUGAUGGCGGUUGGUCUGACACCGAAUCAGCAAUUUGCUGCUGUUGUUUCUUCAGCAUUUUACUCAUUAUGGAAUCUUCUCUCAGGUUUUCUUAUUCCAACAUCUAAAAUUCCGGACUGGUGGAUUUGGUUUCAUUAUAUCUGCCCUGUUGCCUGGACAUUACGAGGUGUCAUAACCUCCCAGCUUGGUGAUGUGGAGACUCAUAUUAAGGACUCUGGGUUUGAGGGAUCUGUGAAGGAUUAUCUGGAGAUUGCUCUUGGCUACAAGUCUGGAAUGGUUGGUACCUCUGUAGUAGUGCUCAUUGGAUUCUGUAUAUUCUUCUUUUUUGUCUAUGCCUGCUCUGUCAAGUUCCUCAACUUCCAGAGAAGAUGAUGAAACCGGCCUGCAGAAACAUGGUGCUCAGUAAUGUAGAAAUUCUCCAUUUGGUAAAUCUUGACAUUGAGAUCGGCAUGCAUUACAGUGGGAUAGCAGUCUGAAACUCUUCACAAGAUUAUUUAUUCAUUGUGCCACCCCACCGGGCUUCAACUCCCAGAAUAAGUUAGUUAGGCCCUUACCUGAUAUAUGAAGUUUUCGGAAGGGUCACGGUUUCCAAUCUGCACAGGUUUCUUCGACAUUUACAACACUGCCCACCCCCAUAAUGUACCCAUUUUUUCAUUCCAUUCAUGAAGACUUUGAAGGGCGAUCUUCUCAAUGGUUUAAAUUGUUUGUCAUUAUGCUAA